GUGUAUUUGGUCCGCCUUGUGCUGUCGUCGUCGACCUACCCUACCCCGUGGAGUGGAGGCGUGUGGAUGAUUCGUCCUCGUCGCCGUCGUCGUGGCGACGUGGGCAACCGACGCCGCCUCCCGGCUCCCACGGUCCCACCCGCGGCAUGCGGUGGCGUGUCGUGGCCGCACAUCCAUAUCCAUGUCAUCCUCAUCCUCUGCCCCUUGUUCAUCCCCCAUCAUCCGCCCAUGUCCCUGAUUGAUUGAAAUUCAUUGGAAAGGGACAUCCUCCUCCAUAUCCACCACAACCUGAACCUGUGGUCCAGAUUGGGGAACCUCCCAGCCAAAUUCAUUUCUUGGUUUAUUCUCAUCUGAGGUCUUCAGUCAAGUCCCUAAGGGCUAUUCUUAAUAAGCUACAAGAAGAAGCAAGCAACAGAUCAUCAUUCAACGGAUAUUUCAGUUAUAUGAUGGUUGAGUUGUCAACGGCAAAUUGGCUGCGAUUCAUGUUGAAAUAAAAUUCUGUGCUGUCCAAUCUUCAUAUUUAUCUUACCAGUCGUCAGUCAUCAGAGCUUAGGAAAAAAAAAAUCAAAGACAGGGCUUUCAUUUUCCUACGACUCGCCUUUACAAAGCAGACGCUGUCAACAUGGAAACAUACACUACGGAUGAAGCGCUUGAAUUCAUGGGGUUUGGGAAAUUCCAACUACUUGUGCUUGCAUAUGCAGGCAUGGGUUGGGUCGUAGAGUCCAUGGAAAUUAUGCUAUUGUCAUUUGUUGGGCCACUGGUGCGGGAGGAAUGGAACAUUUCUGCUGAAAAUGAGAGUCUGCUCUCAAGUGUAGUGUUUGCUGGUAUGCUAAUAGGAGCUUCUGGUUGGGGUUUUGUGUCUGACAAAUAUGGAAGAAGGAUUUGCUUACUAUUUUCAACCCUGUUUGCCAGUGGAAUGGGUUUUCUAAGUGCUUUCUCUCCUAAUUAUUCAUGCUUGCUGGCUCUACGUUUUCUCGUUGGCAUAGGAGUGGGUGGUGCACAUGUGUUUACAUCUUGGUUUUUGGAGUUUGUUCCUGCACAAAAUCGUGGCACUUGGAUGGUUAUUUUUUCCUGUUUCUGGACUAUUGGCACCAUCUUGGAGGCUUCACUUGCAUGGGUUGUUAUAUCAGUAUUGAGUUGGAGGUGGUUGCUAGCAUUGACUGCACUUCCAUGCUCUCUCUUGAUUCCAUUCUUUGGAACUACACCUGAGUCACCGCGCUAUUUAUGUGGGCAAAAUAGAACAUCUGAUGCAAUGCUUGUCCUGGAGAGAAUUGCUAUAACAAACCAAGCAGCUCUUCCUCCUGGAGUUCUCAUAUACCAUCAGGAAGCAAAAGUUGACCACAGUGAUCUUACUUCUGAGAAAGAAGAUCUCCUCCCAGUCAGCGAGAAGGAAUGCACAUUUGACAAUGCCAUGAGCUUCAAAUAUGGUGGUGGCAUUGCUGCAUUGCUCAGGCUAUUGUCACGCAAAUUGCUAAGAUCAACUCUUCUUCUUUGGUUUGCUUUCUUCGCAAAUUCAUUUGCUUAUUAUGGGCUAGUAUUGUUGACCGCACAACUAAGCGAUGCAAAUAGAAGCUGCACAUCUGGGCAAACAAAUGUAGUGCCACAGAAAGAUGUUAACCUUUACAAAGAUACAUUCAUUACUAGUUUAGCAGAGGUUCCUGGCCUGAUUUUAUCUGCUGUUCUUGUUGAUUGGUUUGGCCGAAAAGCUUCGAUGUGGUUCAUGUUAUUCACAUGCUGUGCUUUCAUCGGACCACUUGUGCUUCAGCAGAAUGAGCUGUUGACAACUGUCCUUCUAUUUGGUGCCCGCGCCGUUGCCAUGGGUAGCUUCACAGUUUUAUGUUUAUAUGCCCCAGAGGUUUAUCCAACAUCUGCGCGCUCAACCGGUGUUGGCAUCGCUACCGCUAUUGGCAGAAUCGGUGGGGUUGUUUGCCCUCUUGUCGCCGUUGGCAUGUUGAGAAGCUGCCACCAGAUGGAAGCCAUCCUUGUUUUUGAGCUGGUUUUAUUCCUUGCUGGAGUUGCUUGCUUUCUCUUCCCUAUUGAGACUAAAGGGCGUGGAAUGGAUUGAUGUUCAUGCUGCACUUCUUUUUUAAAGGAAGUUGGGAUUUAGAUGGGCAUGUAGAUGAUUACUAUUCAUCAGAUUUAUCAUUGGGGGUGUACAUAUCAUUAUACAUGUAGAUUUUUAUAGUGGAUAUUAAGUUGUAAAGUUCCUCAAAUAUGUGGACUUUGCAAACUUGGGCAUUUUAUUUUUGGUGUACCCACUCCAGGCUGAUAAGCAGGCCGGACUGUAAAAUGGAUUAUGUAAACAUCAUUUCUUGUAUAAGCAUCUAAGAAUGCUUUAUUGAUGUUUAUAAGCAGGAGCAUUCCAAUAUUUUGGGGCC